AUGCAGUGCCUAGGUAUCCCUAUUGACCACCGGUUACGACGGCUUAUUCGCGAAGCACAAUCCAUGGAAACGAAUGGAGCGGAUUCUAAACACAUUCGACUGCUCUAUGAGUUUGGGACGUCUCUCAAAGUUGAUGAACGUGAAUAUCCGAAAUCUGACCUGAGCUUCGGUCUAGAAAUGGCGCGACCGGAAUCGAAGGGUGGCUUGCUGAUUGUAUUGUUAAGACCCCAUUCAACGCAGAACAAUUCGGAUGGCUUUUUGGCAGGUCGGCGUGGUUGCAAAACUCUCGAGGCCGUAUCCGACUUGAUAACUGCUGUGAAUAACGGCAAGUUAGGCUUUGAUGAUAUCAGCAUAUUUGAUGCUAUACCCCUUCUCCAUGAGGCCGCAAUAGGCACAGACAUUUCAGAAAUAAUUGAUGAUGCACACAAUGUCUUUGCCAAUAUGGUUAGAGCUAAAAAUCCUGAUAUUGUCCUAUGCUGUUUCAAAACAGAAACGCGGAACACUCUUGUCCAACAACUUCGUGGUCGCGGAGUGGGCGUGAGCUUCAACGAUGACAAGUCGGUGCCUAUUGACGCCGGGGAUGUUUCGUCCGAAGAAGCCUACGGCAGACUUAAGGGUUCUGACAUUACUUGGUUAUGCUGUGAUAUCGCCUGGAUCUUAGAGGAACUGGGUCCAGAAGACUCUGUGAAAUUGGACAUGCCGCAGCAAUUAUUGCGCAAUUUCGAUCCUGGUGCCAUAAAGCCUGGCCAAAAGUCAAACUUCAACACAACUUGA